CUACUGAGUAGCGUGUACCUAUACCUGCUGUUAAUAUGAAGAAGAAGAGGAGGCCUAUGAGGUACUUUAAUUUUCCAUAUAAAGAUUUGCAAGAGAGCAGUUCCAAGGAGAGCAGUUCCACCUUUUCAUUAGUCAAGAUUAUUACAAAUGAUAAGCCAGAUGAGCCAAAUGAGCCAAAUGAUCCAAAUGAGCCAAACGAGCAAAACGAGCCAAACGAGCCAAACGAGCCAAAUGAUCCAAACGAUCCAAAUUAUCCAAACGAGCCAAACGAGCCAAACGAGCCAAAUGAGCAAAAUGAGCAAAAUGAUCCAAAUGAUUCAAACGAGCCAAAUGAGCCAAAUGAUUCAAAUGAUUCAAACGAGCCAAAUGUGCCAAAGAGACCCCAGCAAAUCAGGGAGGAAAGGAGAAACAGGUUUAAUGCGAAAUUACGUCGUCUGGUCAAACCGAAAGCCCCGUUGAUGGUGUUCAACGAAUUGUGCAAAGGUACAACCAUCAACGUGUACAAGUGUGACCAAGGACAGUGUGUGUUUAACACUGCCUGCUUCGAGGUGGACGGUCAAGUUUUCAAGGGACGGCACGCGAACAAGUCAAUGGCUAAACAAAAGGCGUGCGAGAAUUAUUUUCGCUAUUUAUUGGAGAAACAAUUGAAUACAAAACUUUCUAACGGCGAUGGUGCUGGGCUAAAUUUGGACGCUGUUUGGUCAAAUAUGCCUGAAAGUGGUCCCACAGAACAUUUCCCAUGGGCUCAUUUCGCUUCGUUGGGAUUGCACAAAUUAAUUAUCAACUGGAAACAACGAGCCGACCAAGACGAAUCAUCACACCAAGCCAAAUCAGCACACCAAGACAAUUAUAGUCAAAGCUUGUUCAAAAUUUAUCCUAUGCAAGGCCAAGUGACUACGAUCAAACAACUGCCAAACGACGCUGCCCAGUACAACCCUGUCGACUUGCUUUAUAAAAAGAUUCCUGAUAUAAUGUUCUACAUAAGACAGGCAGAAGUCACACAAUUCAACAAAGUUCCUCGUUUCGACUGUGUCUCUAUGAUAAACGGCAAGACCUUUAGCUCAACAGGAUUUCCAUCGAAGAAAAAGGCCAAGAGAGAUUGCGCCCUUCAAAUCAUCAAGGAACUUUGGAAAUGUGAUUUGGGGAUCAUCAAAACCGAAUUUUAACUAUAUUUUAUUCCAAACGGCAAUUGCAUUUAAUAACUUAAGAAAAACAAAUGAUAUAAAUUAUCUUCUUUUUUUUGUGUGUGUCCCAAUGCAUUUACUUUUUGUGUGUCCCAUAACUUACUGUGUAUUAUUAUUCUUUUUUUUUAAAUACUUCCAUUAUAUAUAAUAAAUGUAAUAAGUUGAA